CUCCGCCCCGUCCCCGCACUCGCGGCUCUUUCGGAUCUCCGCAGAGCCCCACCUGCUCAGGUCAGCUCCUUUCGACCUCAACCUCAUCAUGGCCUCGGCUGGUCUGCAAAUCCUGGGGAUCGUCCUGACGUUGCUUGGCUGGGUGAAUGCUCUAGUGUCCUGCGCUCUGCCCCUGUGGAAGGUGACCGCCUUCAUCGGCAACAGCAUCGUGGUGGCCCAGGUGAUGUGGGAGGGGCUGUGGAUGUCCUGCGUGGUGCAGAGCACAGGCCAGAUGCAGUGCAAGGUGUACGACUCGAUGCUGGCGCUGCCCCAGGACCUGCAGGCUGCCCGAGCCCUCUGCAUCAUCACCCUCCUCAUCACCCUGCUGGGUCUGCUGAUCUACCUCGGUGGGGCCAAGUGUACCACCUGCGUGGAGGACAAGGACUCCAAGGCCCGUCUGGUGCUCACCUCUGGGAUCAUCUUUGUCAUCUCAGGGGUCCUGACCCUAAUCCCCAUCUGCUGGACGGCCCACGCCAUCAUCCAGGACUUCUACAACCCCCUCGUGGCAGAGCCCCAAAAGCGGGAGCUGGGGGCCUCCCUCUACCUGGGCUGGGCGGCUUCUGGUCUUUUGUUGCUGGGUGGGGGGCUUCUGUGCUACACCUGCCCCUCUGGGGGGUCCCGGGGCUCCAGCCAUUACCUGGCCCGAUACUCAGCAUCUGCCCCACGAGCCAUCUCUCAGGGGCCCUCUGAAUACCCCACCAAGAAUUACGUCUGAUGGGUAGGAGGACGGGGGCUCCCUUGACCGUGGAGCUUAACUCCUGAGCUGGAGUCAUCAGAAUGCACAACAGUUUCUGGGUUGCUUUUAUCUUGUUUUUCCUUUUUGUUGGGCAAGGGGGUAUUUUUCUUUUAAGCCAUUUGUUAAACACCAAACCAAGAAGAAAUUCAGUCUCACCUGGGCUCUGCUGCUGGCAUUUCUCACUUUGGAUGAUGAGACCAAGGAGGCAACACUUCCGUUUCUCCGUCUUUCUCCACCUUGGACAUUCCCGUCUUGGAGGCCAGCCUGGAGCUGGGACCCCUGGGUGAAGGCUGUUUGCUGGCCAGGUACUUUGUGACAACAAGGUGCUUUGACAGUCUGUCCCCACGAGUUCCUGCUCUGGUGGGGCAGGGCUUGCAGGGAUAAGCCCCGCCUUCUUGGUCAGGCCUCUGUGACCCGGAGCUCCAGCCUCAGUACCCUUGAGAAGAGCAGGUGACAAGUUACCCAAACCCCCUACCUCCAAGGAUUCUGACCUCUGGCUCUUCCAUGCUUGACUCAGAGUUGCUUCCCAACCACACUGUAGACCCCUGACACUCUCAUCUCCAGACCCUGCACACUUCUGCCAUGGCACACCCACCCACUAGUUUUUACUAAAUAAAGAGUGUUUUGUUUUGUCGCUUGC